CGCCUGCUCGUCUUUUUUCCCACUGUCCAGGUUUCGUGGAAAGAGGGAAAAGAAACGGAUUGAUUUUUCAAUUGCUGAGAAAAUUUGGAGUUGGAACUUAUUCGAGAGCUUGGAAUUGGGAUUGAAUUGAAGACAUUUACUUUUGGGGGAAUUUUGCUUCUCUAGGCUCUUAAAAAACGUUUCUUGGAGAUUUCAGGUUCUUGUUGAUCUUGGUUGCAAUUGAAAAUCGAUCGUAGGAGGGGAAAAAUUUUCGAGUUAGAAGUCAAAUUUUGGUUGACAAAAGGGAAAUUUCGGUGCUCAUCGUGUUAUUCCAUGGAAAUUAAUAGAUAGAUUGGGAGUUUGUAACAAGGAAGUUGAUAUUUUUUAGAGCUUUAGCUUUGAGCUCAGAGUGUUGUUCGAGGGUAGUCAUUAUUUGUGCGUAAAUGGAUGACACGGAAGAUGAUGCUAGGUAUCCUCCGAAUCCUUAUGGUGUAAACCACCAACAGGGUUAUGAAUCUUCGCUGCGCCAAAAGAUGCCGGGUCUGGGUGGUUCAUAUCCAAGACCCGUUGGUAGUCAGUACGAUGAUGAGGACGAGGAAGAUGAUGAAGAAGAUGAAGAGUUGGGCGAGGAAGAAGAUGGCAACAACAACAACAACAAUGGUCAAAGUAACGGCUACGCCGUGGUUCGGAAAGACGUUGGUGAUGAUGUUGACGAUGAUGAUGAGGAUGAGAACGACAAUGAUGAUGAGGACGAGGAUGAAGAUGACGAUAAUGGUGAGCAAAAGAAUUAUAAUGGAAGGAGUGAGGGUGUUGAUAUGGAGAGACACCUGAAAAAGCGCAAGUUGAAGAGUUUGGUUUCGAGUUAUGAGUUUGCUCCUCGCAUACCUGCUCCAAGUCCAUCAUCCGCUGCAAAACCCUCUGGCCCAUCUCCAAGACAGUCAUUUGGUGGCAGAAAUUCGCUUACGGACUGGACUGAGCGUGAGACCUUUGUUCUGUUAGACGCUUGGGGUCAACGGUUUAUUCAGCGUGGGAAGAAGAGUCUUCGCUCUGAAGAAUGGCAAGAGGUUGCGGAGAAAGUAUCUGAGGUAUCAAAGAUUGACAGGACAGAUACGCAGUGCCGUAAUCGUUUGGAUACCUUGAAGAAGAAGUAUAAGAAGGAGAAACUCAAUUUAACUAGCAAAUGGGUUUAUUUCAAGAAGAUGGACUUGUUGCUGUCAUCACCACAACAACAACCUGGUCUGUCUUGUGGAUUGGACUCGGGAGAAUAUGUUUUCAUGAAUCCUGGAGUAUAUUUGAACCGUGCAAAUGGAUUGGAUGAGAUGAGGGACAGCCCCGCUAACUCGGAAUCUGCCGAGGGAAAUGAUGAUGAUACGGACGGGCUUCCACCCAAGAAAAGAAAGUCUGGCAGGGACAACGGCGAUGGGAAUGAGGGGUCUUCCUUUAGGUUGAUUGCUGAUUCCAUUCAUAAAAUUAGUGAGAUAUAUGAGAAGAUAGAGAGUAGUAAAAGACAGCAGAUGGUGGAGCUUGAGAAAAUGAGAAUGGAUUUCCAGAGAGAUUUGGAAAUACAGCGGAGGCAGAUAAUGGAGAGAGCACAGGCGGAGAUUGCAAAGAUUCGGCGAGGCGUCGAUGAGGAGAUUGAUGUCUCUGCCGAGAAUGCAAGCGGGUGAUGUAUACAGGUCUUUAUCAUCUUUCUCUAGUUGUAAUUUGAUAGCUUAUUAGCUGCUAGCUGCAGUUGUACAAUACAUUGGGGGCCUUUUGCCUCUAUCUUAUCCUGUGAGGGCAAUAAGACGGUUGACGUUGUACCUGUAACUAAAUCCAAUUAUGGAUAGAAAACGGAACAGAAUUCAGAGUACGAUAAUCAAUUUUAUGACUUA